UUCAACAUGGCUGUAUUCUCACGCGUGGCAACUCUCACGUCCUUCGUGUUUGCCGUUCUUUCUAGCAAUGUUUCCGGCGCUGCAAUUGAGAAAGAAUAUGACUAUGUAAUCGUUGGCGGCGGUGUCACGGGUUUGAUUGUAGCCAACCGUCUUUCAGAGCUCGAAGAUAAGACGGUUAUUGUCAUUGAAGCGGGUGAUAAUGUCGACAUUCCGGGUAAUAUGAUCCCCUACAAGGCGAAUGACCUUACCGUCAGCGCUCCAUACAAAUGGAACUUCACAACCCAGCCCGAGCCGGAGCUAAACAACAAGACCUUUGGCGCAAAUGUCGCCAAAGUCCUCGGUGGUGGUUCGGUCAUUAAUGGCAUGAUUUAUGAUCGUGGCGCUGCUGCAGAUUACGACGCAUGGGAAGCACUUGGAAACAACGGCUGGGGAUGGGCGGGACUUGAGCCCUACUUCAGAAAGGGCACCACAUUCCAACCACCUUCUGCAGAGGUUGCAGAGUCCUACAACAUCACAUGGGACCCUGAUACCUAUGGCAACGGCCCUUUGUCUGUUAGUAUCACUGACACCCAAUACGGGGACCUCAAAGCAUACUGGGCUGCUUGGAAAGCGACGGGUGUUCACGUCCCUGUCGAUGGCAAUGCGGGUGAAGCUUACGGCCCUUCAUGGUAUCCGAACACCAUGGACAAAGCAACUGGUCGACGAGCUCACGCGCGAUAUGCUUACUACGAUCCCAUCGCCGAGUCCCGCAGUAACCUCCACCUCCAACUCAAGACCACUGCCCAGGAGAUUGUCUUCGACGACUCUAAGAAACCUCCCAAAGCGACCGGUGUGAAGGUGACUGAUGAAGCCACCGGGGAAACUUUUACCAUCAACGCUAAGAAGGAAGUCAUCCUCGCCGCCGGCGCUGUCCAGUCACCUAAACUGCUCCAGCUCAGCGGCAUUGGCCCCAAGUCUGUCCUCGAAGCCGCCGGUAUCAAGGUUCGCCACGCGCUCGACGGAGUGGGCUCCAAUUUCCAAGACCACCCUUACGGCACCGUCAUCUUCAACACCACACCUCAGGCAAACCCCAACGGAAACUCCCUGGCCACAAACGCGACCUUCAACGCAACUGCAUGGGCAGAAUAUGAAGCCAACAAGACGGGCCCAUACACCGUCGCCCGCGGCAACGCACUUGCCUUCAUCUCCCUCCCAGACAUGGCCUCUGAGUCUGAUAUCACCACCGUUGUCGACACCCUUACUGCACAAGAUGCCGCAUCGUUCCUUCCUUCCGUGUACAGGAACAGCAGCGCGCUCCUCAAGGGCUACAAACUCCAGCGCAAAGUCAUCGCCGACCUCUUCAAACGCAAAGAUGCCGCCGUGGCCGAGUUCCCCGUCCCAGCUGAUGGCACCUACGGUCUUGUGGGUGUUGAGAAGCCCCUCUCACGCGGAACGAUCCACCUCAACACUACCAACCCACAGGGACCUCCCGUCAUCACAUACCACGCAUUCCAGAACCCCGUCGACAAAACCAUCCUCGGUAUUUCCCUGCGCUAUUUCCGCAGCGUGUGGACUCGUCCCGAGCUCGAUGCUAUCGUGCAUGAAGAGACGACUCCUGGUGCGCAGUACGUCACUGAUGACGAGAUUUUCACUGCGCUGGUAGCGAAGAACUCGGUUGCGCCUACGCUGUCGCACGCAUCAUCUUCGUGCCCCAUGAUGGCGGAGAAGAGCGGUGGCUGUGUCAAUGAUAAGUUGAUGGUGUACGGUACCCAGCACUUGUCCGUUGUGGAUGCUUCGAUUAUCCCUAUCAUCCCGUCUUGCCAUUUGCAGGCUACGGCUUACGGAAUCGGUGAGAAGGCUGCGGAUCUUAUCAAGGCGCGGUAAAUGCGUGCUUGGGAGAGGGCUUGUAAAUAUCACGAACGCAUAGGUUGUACAUAGC